CGUUUCAGCACCUCCGGAGGUGUUCACGCAUGAACAUCCUCUCGAAGUCGCGGUCAGUUUAUACGGGUCCAAUUAAAGUGAAUUUGAAAACGACGAGGCUCAGAACGAGGCUGAAGCAUCUUUAAGAGCGCGCGCAUCUCUCGGAGAGCGCGAGCAACAUAUGCGCUGCCUCUGAAGACUCGGUACAGCACCUCAGUGUGUCUGAAAACGCGUGAAAAACGUUUCACCUGACUGCUGAAAACUUUCAAGGAAUAUUUGCGAGCGUUUUGAAGGAUUUCCUGUCAGUAACACUGAGUAAAACUAAUACUUUUGGAGAUAUUUAGAGGACGGAAUACGAAGUGAACGCUGUGUUCCGAGGGGAAUCACAUUUACGCUCCUUCAGUUAUACGCUUCUUCUUUACGCGGACGGAAGUUUCUGAGUUUCCUGACAGAAAAAUGGGCAUAAUUGGUUAUUUUGAGCUGCAGUGGAAAUGCCUGGUUGUUGUGGCUCUAAGACUGCUGUUCCUUGUGCCCGCAGGAGUGCCAGCGAGAAGCGGAGAAUCUUAUUUAAAGGACAACAUCACUGUCAGACAAGGAGACAGUGCUGUGUUGAAGUGCAAUGUGGACAACAAAGUAUCACGGGUGGCAUGGCUCAACCGGACCACUAUCCUCUUCACAGGGAAUGAAAAAUGGUCAUUGGACCCCCGGGUGGUCCUACUAAACACAGCAGUCACUGAAUAUAGUAUAAAGAUCAUAAACGUGAACUUAUACGACGAGGGGCCGUACGUGUGUUCCAUCCUCACGAACAAGAAACCAGAAUCGACAAAAGUGCAUCUCAUCGUACAAGUUCCUGCCAGGAUUGUAAACAUAUCCGCAGAUGUUUCAGUGAACGAGGGCAGUAACGUAAGCCUCAUGUGUCUGGCCAUCGGACGACCUGAACCCAGCAUUUUGUGGAAAUUCCGUUCUUCCAAAGGUGACGGAAAAGGUAAUAGAAUCAUUACUGAGGGCGAAUAUGUGGAAAUGACUGGAAUCACCAAAGACAUGUCCGGCUCGUACGACUGCAUCACGUCAAACGACAUCUCGCCUCCAGACGUGAGGACUGUUCAGGUUACCGUAAACUAUCCACCUGUCAUUUCGCGAGCUCGGAGCACAGGAACGGCUGUCGGCCAGAAAGGAGUUUUGUGGUGCGAGGCGUCUGCCGUUCCUCUGGCGGAUUUUCAGUGGUAUAAGGGGGAGCGCAGACUCUUGAACGGACUCAACGGGGUCAAGAUCGAAAACAAGGGGAAACAGUCCAUGCUAACGUUCUUUAACGUCUCGGAAGAGGAUUAUGGGAACUACACCUGCGUGGCCAUGAACACGCUGGGAAUAACAAACGCCAGCAUCAUUUUGUACGGCCCCGGAGCAAUACACGAUGUGAACAACGCAGCCUUAUCGCCAGCCAAUUCAUUCAUGCUUCUGACUCUCGUUUUAACACUUUCGGUCCUCAGCAAGUUUUGAUGCUAAAGCAGCGUGUCCGUUUCUCCGUACACACACAGACUCACAGUCCCACACACAGAGAAGGAGAGUACUUUAUCAGUUAUUAUUAUCGUCAUCAUCAUUUGAAUUAUUUUGCCUUAUGUUGCGUUUCUGAAGGGAAGUGUCAGUGUGGGUUUAUGGGUCUGUAAUAAGAUGCUUUGGGAUUUAACCGUGUUUUGAAACAGUGAACUGGACUGUGAAUGGAGUCAGUUUGUUAGCUGGGUAGAAAUAAUAAUAGAACCACUAUAUGUGUCUCUCCAACCUUUUGUAUGUGAAAAGAGAAGCAAAAAUUCAUGUAAUCGUGAAUAACUGAAUGGUUUUUUUGCUCAGUAUUGAACAGUGUGAAUUGAGGUUACUGGUGUCCUGUUUUCCUGUAAAAUAACAUGAUUUUUCUUUCUUUUUUAAAAUAAAUCGAUAAAAAUGACAAACAGCAAAAAAGACAGAAAUAAAAGAAUUUUAAAAAGCUUCAGUGGGCCCAGAAGCUAUUUGGACACUUGAGUCACACUAAAAAAUGUCUGAAUGGCAUCAACAAGUAAAUUAUCUCUUUUCUCAGAACUUACUUCACUUUUCUUGCAUUUCCAUUUUCAUCCUCUUACUUUUUUUUCCCAAUUACUUUUAAUUCCCUUUAAAUGUGGUUUUUAGUGGAUGUAUGAAAUCACUUCACCAGUGUAAACUGCAAUAUGAACAUUGACUUUUUAACAGUUCUAUUAUAAAAACAAACCCAAAUAAACAAUAUUACCUAACAGAGUACAAAAAUUCUGCUUUUCCAUCACAGAAAUAAAUAACAUUUUAAAACACACACACACACAUAUAUAAAUAUAUAUAAAAAGAAAAAAAGAAAGAAACCCAUUAUAUUAAAAACACACUGUAUUAAUGUAUUAAAAAAAAUGUCAUUUAUUUAUUUGAUGGCCAUUACUUUAGUGACAAUGUUACUGUUUAUUUGGUUCAAUGAUUUAUCAUCUAAUACAAUGACAUUCACGCAUAACGUGUGGCAUAAUUGUCCAAAUACGUUUUUUUGGGGAUCCUGUAUGUGAUAUUUGAUUUACUGUACAUGUACAGAUGUAUGCAAAUACUGUUCACACACACAUAAGAUCUAUGCGUUCAAUAUAAUAUAGCACACAGUUCCUAAAAACAUAGCGCAUCCUCAAUGCUCAUCUGCCAUUGACGGUGUUCAAAUGACAAAGGAAUCACAACGAUAACCUGCACGUGUUCUUGUACUGAGCUGACAUAGUAACAAGCAGUAGGAUAGACUCCUUACCUGGUCUAAUAUGUUUUACGCUGCUCUUAGAUAUGUUUUUAAUAUAGACGCAGACAGUAUGCCCUAAUGUAAGCUACUUAAAAUCUGUCCCUCAUAUAAAGACCCUUUAGGACGACAGCUGUUGCAAGCUGUAUAAUCAUAAACGUACCAAAUGGGACAGAGGAACUGAUCUGAACACUUUGAAUAGAGAUUUCCUCUAUAAAGUCCAAAAGAGUGAUUAGUCUCGAUCUCCACAGGUCACAUUUAUACCACCAAAUAAACAUCAGUCAUUGUAUAUUUUGUUGUAAAUCCCUUUCCAGAGACAUUUGUGUUGUUUUAGACAAAUUGAAUUUGCUUUGGAUGACUCUACUGGAGAGUUUCAACUUCUUUCUCAGGUUUUUGGUGCUGAGUUUCUUUUAAGUGUGUAUGAUUUUGUAUUCUUGAGUCUUGGUGAAGUAAAUUUGACAGAAGCCAAAACUGUUAUCGCAAAUGAUAUAAUAAAAUGAUGAUAUUUAAUAACUUCUGAGGACAAAGAAGUCCCAGUAACAGACAUAUUUCCUUGCAUAUCUGUGGGUGAUAACCAUCAAGUUAUCCGUGAUCUUUAGCACUAAUUUCCACACUAAUAUAAUGUCAUAUAAAUGUCAAAUUGUGCAUGUCUGAGCAGGUGGAAGAAUAUGGUAAUCUCAGAUUUCAUCUAUUUCAUAUUCCAUAUCUUUCCUUUCAUAAGUCUGCUGAUUUAGCAGCCGUACUUUCGUACUCGUUACUUUAUGAAAGCCGACCCGUCAACACGCUCAUAAGGGACUUUGGAGACCCACCAGAACUGUCCACUUAUCAGUAGCGCGCAGUGUACAAGAGCUUAAAGAAAUAGUUCACCCAAAAAAUUGCUGAAAAUGUACUCACCCUCAGGCCGUCCAACAUGAGUUUGUUUCUUUAUCGGAACAGAUUUGGAGAAAUUUACCAUUAUUACCAAUGGAUACUCUGCAGUGAAUGGGUGCCGUCAGAAUGAGAGUCCAAACAGAUGCUAACAAUGGUUUGAUGUUAAUGAUAGUCAUGUGGAUUGUCGAUUAUUGUGAUUUAUUAUUUUUUUUAUCAGCUGUUUUGGACUCUCAUUCUGACGGCACCCAUUCACUGCAGAGGCUCCAUUGGUAAGCAAGUGAUACAUUGCUAAAAUUGUCCAGAUCAGUUCUGAUGAAAACAAACAAACAAACAAACAAACUCAUCUACAUCUUGGAUGGCCUGAGGAUGAGCACACUUUCAUUUUUAGGUGAAAAUUUCUUUAAAAGUACCUCUAAGGAAAUACAGACAGUCAACAAGCACUCAACCCACACGGCUAACAUUACAGCGCUAAAAUGAGACCUUGUCAGUGAGCUGUCUGCAUUCAGCUUCAGUGAGCACUGUCAACAGCGUUAGACAAACACUCUGAAGAGGAAUGUUUCAAGUCCAAGGUCUGCCACAUCACAGAGAAAUAAAUAUAUGCCCAUAGAUUGUAAAUGACCUUUCAAAGUGAAAUUCCUGCACUCUUAAUUUGAAGGAUGCUGCUCUGUGACCGACUGAAUGGUUUUUGUGACUGAUGUUAGCAUGGCGGAGCUCUUUCAAAAGGAUAUCAGAUCAUGUGAACGCAGAGUUGAACUAUUAAUUAGACCUCAUCGUGAUCAUGACAUUCAUGAGCUCUUUACGUUAAGCGCGACACUGUUCUUCAACAUGCAGUACAUUAAAAAUGCUGUAUGUGAACAAAAAAAAAAAAAGAAAUAUAUGCAAAUAUUUAUCCUGGUUUUAUUUGAUUGUUAAAUAUGAGGACGGUGUAAUUGCGGAGAUCAACACACCUUUUCCUUGUUAGCGUUGUGCCUUGCGUGCAUUAAAAAAAAGUAUCAUGUGGUAGUGCAAUCGAAUAGAUUCAGUAUCGACCCUGGAAACGUCUGCUUGGGAUGAGUUUUUGUAAACAACCGGCUCAUUAAAUUGAGUUAUUUUAGGGUUUCGAAAGACAUCAAAUCAUCUUUUGAUAAGUAUCAUUAAUUAUCAGUAUCUCAGUUGUGUUUGGAGUGAAAUUGCCCAAUGAUUUCUGGUGAAUUUUGUAACAGGUUAAAGUACAUAAAUAGGCUGUACUGUAGAUUAUUAGAGUAUCAUUUUGGUAUGUCGGUUCACUUUUUAAAACACUAAUAUUGUGACAGUGAAGAUGCUAUUGACCAAUGUCAUUUUAACUGCUGGGAUGAACGGUACAAACCACAGACUGUGGCGCUACAACCUUCACAGCAAUCGACAGUAGUGUACAUAAAAUGGCAUUGCAAAUCCAUUUAAGUUACAAACAGGUAUAAUUCAGAAUGUAAUUGUUUUGCUUUAUUUUUUUAAUCGAUAUAUUUAUAUUUAUUGUCGUCUGAGGGAAACAAAAUAGCAAACAUUCAAUAACAGCACUCUGGAUUUUUGCUGACCUGAUCGCCGUUAUUUUAAAACUGCUGCAAGUAUACAUGCUACAUCUAAUCAUAGCAACAGUGUUUCACCCAAAAUCUCUUGGCAAAAACAUAUUUUGCCCUCCCUUGCAAAACUGUAUUGUAUGUUUGUAUUUAUUUUUCUGUCUCUAUCUAGUUACGAUUGUAAAGUGUAUGAUACCUUAACAUUUGCAACAUACAGCUCUCUCAAUGUGCAUGUACAGCCGUAGUUGUAUUUUUCUUUUUUUUACUAUUGGAAAAUGAGUACAAGACUGUUGUAUGUGUUCUGUGUAAUAAAGUUAAGAAUAUUUUCUUCUAGUUUGCGGUUGUUAGUUAUCUAACGUACUGUCAUAGAAGCUUUUAAAAAGGGAUGCACAAUCUUUCAGCACCAUAUUGGUUAUUGAUAUUGGAUAUUUAAUUGUGAAUGCCUAUCUUUAACUUUAGAUGACCUUUGUUAAUGGUAACGCUUUACAAUAAGGUUUCAUUUGCUAACAUUAAUUAACUGCAUUAGUUAAUAAGAACUAACAAUGAAAAUGACUUCUAAAGCAUUAUUAUUCUUAGUUAAUGUUAAUUACUAAUACAUUUUUUAAAUCAAAAUUGUACCUUGUGUUAAUAUUAUUUAAUGAAUAAAAAUGUACAGCUGUAUUUUUAUUGAUUAACGUUAAAAAAAGCAAUUGCUCAUUGUUAGUUAAUGCUAGUGUGUCAGUUAAUUAGUUAUUGCAUUAACCAAUGUUAACUAAUUGGGCCUUAUUAAAAUGUUGCCAUGUUAGUCUUUAAAAACAA